CUGUCAGUCUGUCAUAAAAAUGUUUACAGUUUGUGUUGUGCUUGUGCGUUGCGGGGUUAUAUUGUGUUAGUGGUGUUUUUAAAAUAGGUUAUGAUUAUUAUAUCGUUAGUAAAACGUAUUUUUUACUAAACAUAUAAGAGUUACCGUAAGAUCUCAACAUUGGACAUUGCGUUUAAUCAUUAAAAAUGAAAAUCGCUGUAGAAGGUUGCGCCCAUGGCGAGCUUGAAAAAAUAUACGAGUGUAUUGAAACAAUACAGAGGAGGGAAGAUAUAAAGAUCGAUCUAUUAAUAUGCUGCGGUGACUUCCAAGCUGUUCGCAACCACGAGGACCUGCGGGCUAUGGCUGUGCCACAGAAAUAUCAGCAUAUGUGUUCAUUUCACAAAUAUUACAGUGGUGAGAAAAGAGCUCCUAUAUUGACAAUAUUCAUUGGAGGCAACCAUGAAGCUUCAAACUACUUGCAAGAGCUUCCCUAUGGAGGCUGGGUGGCUCCUAAUAUUUAUUAUUUGGGCAGAGCUGGUGUUGUCAAGUUUGGAGACCUGAGAAUUGGAGGAAUGUCAGGAAUUUACAAAGGUCAGGAUUAUGGACAAGGACACUGGGAAUGCCUGCCCUACAAUCAAAGUUCACUGAGAACUGUGUACCAUGUCAGAUCCUUGGAAGUCUUCAGGUUAAACCAGCUUAAAGAGAAAGUCAAUGUUAUGCUCUCCCAUGACUGGCCAAGAGGGAUCACUGAUUAUGGCAAUACAGAAAAGUUAUUGCACUUCAAAACAUUUUUAAGGGAAGACAUAGAGUCUGGUCAACUAGGCAGUGUUCCAGCCAUGAAGUUACUCCAAUCUCUCAAACCAGAAUAUUGGUUUGCAGCACAUUUGCAUUGCCAGUAUGCAGCAAUUGUCAAACAUGAAGAUUCUGAGACUAAGUUCUUAGCUUUGGACAAAUGUUUACCGAAACGAAGACAUCUACAGAUUCUAGAUAUACCUUCCGAGUAUGAUGGGGACAUGUGCUUGAAAUAUGAUGCUGAAUGGCUAGCUAUUUUGAGGAGUACAAACCAUUUGCUAGGUGUGAAAAAUGUAAAUCAGCAUAUGCCUGGUCCAGGUGGAAAUGAAAGGUAUGACUUUACUCCUACAGAAGCAGAGAAAGAAAAAGUGAGAAGUUUACUUGGAAGUCUUUUAAUAACAGAAGAUAGUUUUGUCAGGACUGCCGCUCCUUUCAAUCCAAAUGCACCAAAAAUUACUCCUCAAGAGCCAUUGCUAAAUCCUCAAACAGUUGAGCUAUGUGAGAAACUUGGAAUUGAUGACCCAGUACAAGUUGUAAUGGCGAGGUCUGGUCGGAAAAUGCGACAACCAUGUGUUGAAGCUAAAGAAAUGAGACAACCAAGAGUUGAAGCUACAGAAAUGAGACGACCAAGUGAUGAAGCUACAGAAAUGAGAGGACCAAGUGUUGAAGCUAAUGAACAGAAGAUUGAAAGUCAAAAUUUUGAGUCUGCACCAAAACCAGUUUUGCAAACUCCCAUCAAGUCAUCAAAGAUGUCGCUCUGUCUUCCACCACCAGUCACACCGUGUGGAAAUGAAAACUCUUCACCCACAUCUACACCAGAAACUUCAACACCAGCAAACAAUUGUGACAGUUUGAUUUAUGAAUGUAGAACACCAAUGUCGGAAGGGAAGAAGAAAUUAUUCAAGAGAAGAAACAUGUCCAUUUAUAAUGUUUCAGAAGAUGGAAGUAGUAGUGCUGAGACUUCUGUAUUAGAUGAAGAUAGUCCUAGUUCUAAAUACACUCGUGUUGGGAGUUUAUCUCUUGACUAAUUUAACAAUAAUGUACUUUAUAUCUUACCUUACAAGGAUUAAUUUAUGUAUUAAUAAUACAUAGUUGAGUCUGGUAAUGUUAGAAAAGAAAACACCUAGCAAAAAGUCUUUAUAGUAAAGAUAAUAUUUAUCUUACUAAUAUUGCACCACUUUCUAGUUUGAACCUUUAUAAACCACUGUAAUGUGGACUGAAUAAUAAGUUUAGCUCAAUUCCUAGUUUUAGAAUGAAAAAAAAAAGCAUAACAUUAUGUAUAUUGUAUUAUAUAACUAAACUGCAGGAAAUUUUAGGCAAUAAAUGAUGUGCAAUGUCUUUUCUUAGGAAUUUUAAUAAAUCAUAAUGAAUUAAAACUUAAUAGAAUCAAGAUGUUUUCAACAAAUUAUUAUAAUUCAACAUUUUGCACUUACAUGUAUUAUGAAAUGUAAUUAUGUAUGUAAUUUGUAAUUACUUGAGAAGAUACUAUGAUUUGUAGCAAUAUCUUGACUUUUUGUAUACAAUUUUAUUUUGUGUAAUUAUGAUGUCCAUGAACCAAAUUGGUAUGAACACCAUUUUAAAGUAAUGUGGUGGCUUGAACUUUAAUUUAUACAUGUAGAUAGGUGUAUCUAAAUUGACAAGUUGUACAUGACAAAAAAAUAUAUCCUGUAAAUGUUAUUGAUGGAUUAAAUAGUUAUUUUUUAAUACAAAAGUACAUGAGAUUUAUCUGUAGCAUGUAAUGCUUAUUUUACAAAAUAAUUUAGUAAAUAAGUAGUUUAAUAUUCUGAUCAAUUCUCUUCCUUUUUUAGAUGUGUUAGUAAAUGUUCUUUCAGUUGUGGCAUAGUUUUUGGUUUGUAAGAACAUUGAUUGCACUGAAGUUCCCUUGAUUUACAACUUUGUACUAGUUCUGGUGCCAUUUUUGUAAUACAACCUUUCUCUUUUAAUUCUUCUAAAACAUCUGUAACAAAUGAAAUUGGACUUUGUGAGAAGACAUAAAAUAUAGAACAAAAUGUAUUAGUUUUGUAUACAAUGCAAAAAAAAACAACUGUAAAUGCUAUUUUAAAAGAAAAUCAAACUUUCAUUCAAAAUAUAGUUAAACAAAGUC